AUGCCUAGAAGGCCAAAAACAAAGAGAAUAAGAUAUGCCUCAGAAGCUCAGGAUUCUAAGUACCCAACUCAAAAGGCAAAGGUUAGCAGGACUAUUAGGUAUGGGAAAUGUAGGGAACUUGGUCAUAAUAAGUUGUCUUGUAAGAGUGGAGAAGGUCCAAGUGACCAUGUCCCUAAAAGGAAAAGUGGAAGACCAAAGGGGGAUGAGGGAGGGAAUUCAGCUAUGAACAUUGAAAAGACACCAAGGAAAGCAGGUGAGGGAAAGAAGAAAGUUGUUGAGGGCACAUCAAAAGAAGCAAUUGGGGGAAAGAAGAAAGCUGUUGAAGGAAUAUCAAAAGAAGCAAGUGAGGGAAAGAUGAAAGUUGUUGAGGGCACAUUAAAACAAGCAGUUGUACUUACCUGCCAUGAAAAGAUUGACCAGGAAGAUUUUGAAACUAUUAAAGAUUUGCAGGCAUCUGGAUAUGAUCAUGGGGAAAUUGUUGAAGCUUUUAAUAAGUUGACAAAAGAGAGGAAUGAAAUGUUGGUUGAGAGUAUAGUUGAUGAAGAGACCAUUCAAGAAACACAAGAUCCGUUGGUAAGAAAAAGGAAGCCCUCAGAAAGAAUUAUCAAGAUCAAGCUGAAAAAAGCAGUGCACGAUCCAGAUGGAGGUGGUUCAACAACUGAGAAAACAAUUACAUUGGAUCGAUGUUGUUAUGGAUGGGGGGUUAAUUGGGCAGAAAUCUUUUGA